AUGGCUGCUGCUUUCAAGUGCAAGGCGGUUGUCCCAAGGUCUGAUCAAGCUCUGCUUGAUAUUGUACCUCGAUGGUCAGAAACCUCAGUCGAGCUUCCCGCGUUGAUUUUAGAGCCAGAAAUUGACGAAGACAUUGUUGACGCAAUCAAAUUCGCAAAGACAAAUGGACUUAUUCUGGUAGUCGCGAACGGCACCUGCGGACCUUUUGUUCCUAUUACUUCCAAAACCCUGUACAUGAAAAUGAGUCGAUUCAACCAUGUCGAUCUUGACAUGUCGUCCGAGACGGUUCGAAUCGGAGGAGGUGCCACAACAGCAGCAGUCAUGAAGGCGAUCACGAAAGCUGGAUACUAUACAUUGUGGCCGAAUUCUGAUGCCGUGGGAUAUGUGGGAUGUCUCCUUGGCGGAGGUUCCAGCACCAUGAACGGUUUGCACGGAUAUAUGGUUGACGCAGUCGUGUCGAUACAGUUAAUCACGGCCGAUGGCAGUAAGCUCGAGGUUGGUCCGUUCUCAACCGGGAAAGAAAGGGACCUCUUCAACGUGCUUUGUGGUGCUGGCUUUGGCUUUGGAGUGAUAACAUCCGUGGUCAUGAAAGCAUUCCGCAUUUCCAACCUGCACUUAGACAACAACAACAAUAUCUGGACACGGCGCGUCAUAUUGCCUGCGAAUGCAAUUGAGAUUGCUGCUAGAACAUUCGCUGUGAUGCACCAGGUGCCACCAGCUCUGACAAUGACUAUGGUGUGCACGAGGAGCCCACCGACAUCGGAGGCCCCAGGUAUUCCAAUUACCAUGAUAACUGGUACUUAUUUUGGACCUAGCAAGGAAGGGGAAGUAGCGGCCGCCAGCCUCUUUGACGAGGAGCUCAUCACAAGUGCUCUCGAGUCAGUUACAGAACUGGUCUCUCUCGCAGAUAUCAACCUCCCACUAAAACCGUUGAGUAUAAAUGGCGGGCAUAAAGGUUUCUCCAGUACGUUUUUGGAAUCGAUCGAUGCAAAGGCCAUCCAGGAAGCCUUUGAUCUGUGGCUUCAACUAGGUGACCGACAUCUCGAUGCAUACCCAACUUCCUUGGUGUUCAACAGAUGGAACACCGAAGCAAUCAUCCGAAAUGGACAGGCAGAACCCGGUCGUGGCAAAUUCUUCGAGCAUCGUACUCAAAGUAUGGUGGCCAAUGUUAUGCGAUGGUCCAUCAAGAAAGAAAGUGUGCAAGCGGUGGAACAGUUUGGUGAUAAUUUCUUGAGGAUUGUGAGGAGUGGUUCGGCUGGACCACCCAAAUCCAUUCCAAACAACCAGCGUCCAGAUAUGGAUCUUGAGGAGCUUUACAGCCGAGGCAAGAUUGCAGAAAUCAAAGAGAUCAAAUACACUUGGGACCCUCUUGGUAUGUUUUGGUGUCCUGUCUAA